AUGCUCGACGCCGACCAGGAGGUUAUUCAGAGUUCUGCGGCAAUCACUCGAGGCUUGACCAGAGAUCAGAUCUUCGACUUGGUCUUCGCAGUAGAUGAGAGCCGACCUCGUUACGAGGUCGAAAACGUGGGAGAGAUCCAAGAGAUCUUGGAAUCAGACUCCUCCAAAGCCAAGCACAAGAAGUGCGAGAAAAACCGGAGGAUUCGACACAGAAUUUGGCAGUGGCUAGCCCAUGCCAUGACACCGGAAGCGGCUCACCGAGCUGUCGAGUCUGACCCAGCAUACUCCGACGGCAAGUCCGGUGGCGGCCGCAAGGCAAAGGACGGCAAGAAGCCGACUGGCCAAAAGCCCGGUAAAGAUGAGCAGCUAUGCUCUAUCAUCUAUACCGUGUCGUUGCUGGGCAUUGCCGUGCAAUCAGAGCAUGAAGGACGGAAAAUAGCCGAGGAGCGAGCCUAUCGCGCCGAAGCAAGGCUCGCAGAGCUGACAGGCGGCGCGCCUCCGAGUCCCCGCAAGAGGCGUCGAGGCGAUGAGCAGUCGUCUGCCGAGUCACCAAAGCGCCGGGCCAUCCAGCUACCACAGCGACUGCCACCUUCGCCAUGCACUACGGCAUGGCUUUCACCGUCACCGACGCCGACCAUGUCAUCGUCAUCCAGCUUCAGCCACUAG